AACUUUUCCCUGCAAAACUCUACCGGUAUUCAGCAGCACAGGACAUGGCUACAGUCAACAAGUAGCACUUUUUCUAGUCUUCCGAAUUGAAAGUCGGGUUACUAGUAGAAUAACUGCAGCAUGAUAGUGUUUUGGGGAGUGAGAAGCGUGUUUUACAGCUGAGCGGAAAUGGAAAUGUGUAGCUAAUUUUUAUUUAUUUAUUUUUUAAAAAAAGGGGGAAAGGCCACAAACAUUUGCAGAUUGCAUCCGGAUUACAUCUGUGAUAGAAAUGUAAAGCUUGCAAACUCAAAUCGGGACGCAGGGAAACCGAUAAUUCCACCGCAAACUUAUUAUUUUCUUUGCUGAAUUAAUGGUGCCGCUUGUUUGCGUCUAGUGCGCACUUUCUAGUCUAGUGCGCACAAAUAAUAACAAACAGUAACCGAGGCAAAAACCUUCCCCUGGGAUCUGAACCUGUGCACAGAGAUGAUGUGUAGACCUUUUUUCACACCUGCGGUAGUUUUUUCUGUCCUUGUGUUGGUGCUGAAGACAGUCGGAGUUUCGGCGCAAGAGGACGAGUUCAACGCUGAGACAUGGCUGAGGACCUAUGGCUACCUUUCCCAGGCCAGCAGACAGAUGUCCACCAUGCAGUCGGCACAGAUUCUGUCCACUGCCAUAAAGGACAUGCAGCGCUUCUACAGCCUGGACGUCACCGGCCAAGUGGACCCCGCCACUUUAAAAGCUAUGAGGCGUCCGCGAUGUGGUCUUCCUGAUCGCUUCGAGGGGCACAGUGAAGGAAGCGUCAGGCGGAAACGCUUCGCUCUGACGGGUCAACGGUGGGAUAAAGACAAGCUGACUUACAGCAUUCAGAACCACCCACCCAGCAUCAGCCAUCAGCAGUCACACGAGGCCAUCCGCAAGGCCUUUCGAGUUUGGGAGAACGUGACUCCUCUACGCUUCAAGCAGAUUCCUUAUCGUGACAUCAAAAACGGCAGCGAGGGGCCGGAUAUUAUUCUGCUGUUUGCCUCUGGAUAUCAUGGAGACACGUCUCUCUUUGAUGGUGAAGGAGGGUCCCUGGCUCACGCAUUCUUCCCGGGUCCAGGCAUUGGAGGCGACACACACUUUGACAUGGAUGAACCGUGGACACUCAACCAGCGGGAAGGAACAGGCAUUGACCUGUUCCUGGUUGCGGUUCAUGAGCUGGGUCAUGCGAUGGGUCUAGAGCACUCCAACGACGCCUCAGCCAUCAUGGCUCCGUUCUACCAGUGGAUGGACACAGAGAGCUUCUCUCUAGGCGAGGAUGACAUCAGUGGCAUUCAGCAGAUAUACGGACCCCCUGUUAUUGCACCCACCGAGCCUUUGAGCACCACUACAACCCCAUCGUACACGACCACAGCUGAACCAGAACCCACAUCCACUACAACCACCACAGAGCCUUUAAGGACCACCAGACAUCCAGAGAGACACACCAAACCUCCUGAGAGAGCCACCAGACCUCCUGAAAGAGCCACCGAGCCGUGGGUUCCCCCGGCUGACCCCGGACCCACUCGCCGCUCGGACCAGGACGCCCCUGAUAUCUGCGACGGAGACUUUAACACGAUUGCGGUGCUCAGGGGGGAGAUGUUUGUCUUCAAGGGUCGGUGGUUCUGGAGGGUCAGACGGAACCGGGUUCUUGAUAAUUACCCCAUGCCCAUUUCUUUCUUCUGGGUCGGCCUGCCUGAAGACAUAGACGCUGCAUACGAACGCCAUGAUGGAAAAUUUGUGUUCUUCAAAGGCAGUAAAUACUGGCUGUUCAGGGAAGCCGACGUGUUGCCUGGAUAUCCUCAGGAACUUAUGCACUAUGGUCAAGGGAUGCCAGAUCGAGUGGACACGGCCGUGUGGUGGGAGCCAUCUGGCUACACCUACUUCUUCAGAGGAGACAGAUACUGGCGUUUCAGUGAGGAGUCUCGGGCUGUGGAUAAAGAUUACCCACGACCCAUCAGCGUAUGGGGUUCCAUCCCUGCCUCUCCUAAAGGGGCCUUCCUCAGUGAUGAUGGAGCGUACACAUACUUCUACAAAGGGACCAAAUACUGGCGAGUUGACAACAAGCGCAUGAAGGUCGACACAGGAUACCCGAGAUCCAUCCUGAACGAUUUCAUGGGAUGCCACGUUCACUUCGAUCCAGGCUCGGAUACAGAUAUAAAACCAGACCCUAAGUGGCCAGAGACAGGAGGAAAGGACCAAGACGACAAUGAUGAUGACUACAAAGACAACGAUGUCAAUAAUGAUGAUGGUGAGGAUGAUGAUGAUGACGAUGAUAAAAAGGUGGUGGUGCAGGUGAAAGAGACUAACGAUUACGUCAUGACCCUCAUCCUGGUGAUGGUGCCUCUGGUCCUGGUGCUGUGCAUUCUAGGAGCGAUUUAUGUCAUCAUCACCAAGCUGCAGAAAAAGGAGACUCCCAAAGUGCUGGUUCACUGUAGACGUUCGCUGCAGGAGUGGGUGUGAUGCAUACAAGCGCACACAUGAACACGUUCUCACACACACACACAUUGUUUGUUGUCCUCUUUCUGCACAUGUGCUGCGUUCAAAUAUGUUUAGAAGAAGAACCCACAUCCACAGUCCAUUUUUCUGUUAGUCAUGAAUUUGGUGAAAGUGAUCUGACAGCUCGGCGUUUACAAGUCAUGAUACAAUGUUGACGUUGUACCCAUGGAUGUUCUUUUAACAGCUGAAGCCAAGUGUAAUUAAAGUGUGCAUUUAGUCAUAGGCAGCCUUUUCUAGGUUAUUUACCAUUAUUUCUGAGGGAAAUCUUGAUAUUCCUGAUGCUUUUGUGUUAUUUCUACAGGCACUCUAUAUUUACAUUGUCCAUAGCUGCUUAAAUCAUUCUUUUCAUUCGUGACCAUAUUUUCCGAUUUAUAAAAGGUGUUUUCAAAUGGAACUUGUGGAACAUGCUAUUGUGUCCAAGUGUUUAUACAUUGUUGCUAGGCAACAGAGAAAUAUGGAUGCCUGCCUUGGAAGCUAGCUAAUGAUUGAGGGCAAUUUAGCUUGCUAACACAGACAAUAUUAAGGCAUAGAAAUAGAGGAAAUGCGACACAGAGACCAGGAAUAUACACAUUUUCUUCCUCUGUCUUGUUAAGUUACUAAGAAAAAACAUGUAGUGACAGUGGAAUCGACAUAUAACCAUGAAGAAACUGUUGGUAAUAUAAGCAUGUUCCUCAGAUGUGUCAAGAAGUUACAAAGAAAAGAUCCCACAGAAUAAAAUGAAACUAAUAAUACUUAGCAUCUUCUGGCAUCAGAUAAUGUAAAGGAAGAGUGAAAAUGAGACACAAAUGUCAGGAAUAUAAAACAUAGAAAUUACUCAAUAAAAAAAAAGAAAACUCCAUGGAUAAAAUUACUCUGUAAUAACACUGAGCAUUCGCUGCUAUCAGUUAAUAUAAAGGCAAAGUGAGAUUGGAAACAAGACAUAACUGCCCAGAAAUAGUGGAUAGUGGAAACAAGACACAAAUGUCAGGAAAUUGUCUGGAAUAUAAACAUUUUCCUCAGACGUGUUGGCAAAUUACUAAAAAAAAAAAACACUCCACAGAUUAAAUGAAAUUGUAACGGCAUUUAGCAUUAGCUGAUAAUUUAACUCCCAUGUGUUAUACCAUAUUAAGAAACCUCAACAUUGCCUAAUAAGUCAGAUUUUGUCAAUUUGUUUUACAGAGUUGUUACUAACAAAAAAAUGUGCUGUUUAAGUGGAAUCUCCUUGUAAACAUGGUGAACACAUGACCGUAUAUGGAUGUAGUAAAAUAGUUUCUCAACAGUGAGACACUUUUUUUUUUGCCUUUACACAACUGUGGUGCUCUGCCCAUUUAAGACUCUGUUCUGAACAGAAUAUUUGCACUUUCAUUUCAUUUUAAAUGAUUAUAUCAUUUGUUCUGUGGUGGCUUUACGUCGUGGUUCUUUUCUGUGUUUGUGUGUGAAUGUCUGCGCAUAAAGCAGAUUCUCUCCUUCCGUCCUUAAUGAGCCCAAACUUUACAACUCUGGGAACGUUAGAGUGUGUUAGUCAGCGAAAUUCUCUCGAUGCUUUCAGUUAAGUGGCCUUGGUAAAAGCGAAAGAAAAAAAAACUUCCAACUGUGUGUGUUUGUAAAAGCAUCGGGGAGAGCAGAAAGCAGUUAAAGGAGUUUGGUUUAAUAAAUUGCAUUGCACAUACUUGCAACCUUUACUGUCUGUGCCGACAGGGCCGAGUCUGGAUUGUGUUACACACAUGGUGCUGAUUUAGGGAUUUUGGAGGGCGAGAGACCAAGAGGAAGAGAGUGAGAGGGGAAAAGAGGGAAAGAGAGGAUGGGGGAUGGGGGAAGGGGGCUUCUUUAUCCAUGCAGCAUUUCCUUCUCUUCCUCUGAGUUCCAUCGACUUUGCCAAAAAGAAAAGGAGGGAGGCAUGCCACUGAGGCUCACUAUGACCUACAUUCAAACUCUUCAUCACUCUUUAUUGGAAAUUUGUAUCAUUCCUGGGGGAAAAAAACCUUGAAUUCAGCCUUCCUGUGGGACUUUUUUGUUUUCUGAGCCAGGUUUUAACCACAGGUUCCCUCUCAGGACCUCUCUCUGGAGUCUGUUUAUGAGAAUCUUGGCUUCAUGUCCAUUAGCUACUGCUGCGAUUAUGGCUCACCAUCAAGCUCUUUGUUUUUACUGUGCGACUUCAGCAAAAAAAAAAAAAAAUUGGAUCCCUUUUUUGUUCGCUCUCUCUCACGCUCUCUUGCUCUCUCUCUCUUCAUCAGUGCCCUGAACGAUUGUUUUAAACCUGUGUCAUUUUUGUACUGUGUAUCUUAUGAAUGUGGAAUGUGUAGUUUGUUCCCUUUUUUCUUCUUUUAAUUUGUUGUUUGAUUUACAUUUGCAUACAUUUUUAUAUUAUCAGUGAACUGAGUCGAUCAUGCAGGGCAUGUAUUGCUUUUUUUCCAACACAGGUAGCCUAUUAUAAGAUGACAAUUAUUAUAAGCUUGCUCACAAUAAAAACUGGUUUCACCAACAAAAAAAAAAAGAAAAAAAAAUUA